AAAAAAAGGACUCGCAUCACAGGCAGGCUCAGCAGCUGACGCGGCGUUGGGAGCUCGCGGACACAAAAAGAGGGCGCUGCAGGCAUGGAGCAGAGGUGAGAGUUGACCCAUGGAUGUCCAGUUACAGUCCUGCAGUGCAGCAGCAUGAUGAACCACCACAGACUCUGCUGUAGCUGCCAUCUAUCUAUCUAUCGCCAUGGUGAGAGAGAGCUCCUGGACCUUGACUCUGUUGCUAUGGUGACCCUGUAGCAAGAACCCUAUGACUCCAAUCUGUUGCCCCGGUGAUCACAUAAAAAGACCCAGGUAACUAUUUCAAUCUGCCGCCAUGCUGCAGAGACAAGUCGUGUAGCAAGCAACAUACACCAUGGGGACUUCCAGGAUGUUCCGCAUUUUUGUCUUCCUGGGCUCGGCCUUCAUGAUCCUCCUGAUCAUCAUUUACUGGGACGACGUCGGAGCCUCCCAUCUGUAUUUGCAUACUCCUGUGUCGCCGGGCCCCAAAAUCCCGCACCCCCCUCAUCAUCAGCAGUCUCACACUUCCCGAACCCCGUCCUUCCUGUCCGACAUUGAUGCCUUCGUUAACCAGUUCUUAGAGCCGGGAACUGGGGAGCCCACAGACCCCGCCCCCGCCGACACAAGUAACCAAUCAGAGAAAGCAGAGGAACGGUACGUACCGCGCCGAGAGUGGAAGAUUCACCUGACUCCAGUGGCAGCCGAGCUCCGUGAGAGACAGGAGCAGCGGCGGAGAUUGCUUCAGGAGAUGUGCGCUAAUGACAGCGUUGUGUUUCCUGGCAAAAACCGUUCGUUUGACGACAUUCCCAACAGGGAGCUGGAUCACCUCAUUGUGGACGACAGGCACGGUAUCAUCUACUGCUAUGUUCCCAAGGUAGCGUGCAGUAACUGGAAGCGCAUCAUGAUAGUUCUCAGUGAAAGCCUGCUGCGGGACGGUGUUCCCCAGAGAGACCCGCUGGCCAUCCCCAGGGACCUGGUCCACAACAGCAGCAUGCACUUUACCUUCAACAAGUUCUGGAAGCGUUACGGAAAGUUUGCAAAGCACCUCAUGAAGGUGAAGCUGAAGAAGUACACCAAGUUUAUUUUUGUGCGGGACCCCUUUGUGCGCCUCAUCUCCGCCUACCGGAAUAAAUUUCAGCUGCGCAAUGAAGACUUCUAUCGGCGCUUCGCACAGGUCAUGCUGCGCCGCUACGGCAACCAGCCGACACCUCCUGCCUCUGUGGACGAGGCGUUUGGCGUGGGCAUCCACCCCUCCUUCUCCAACUUCAUCCAGUACCUCCUGGACCCUCAGACAGAGAAGGAGAUGCCCUUUAACGAGCAUUGGCGGCAGGUGUAUCGCCUUUGCCACCCGUGCCAGAUUCAGUAUGACUUUGUGGGCCACCUGGAGACGGCGGAGGACGAUGCCGAGCACCUGCUACGGCAGCUCCGGGUGGACAAUGUGGUGGAGUUUCCCACCUCCCAUAGGAACCUCACAGCCAGCAGCUGGGAGGCUGAUUGGUUCAGCACAGUGCCCGUGGAGGCGCGGAGAGAACUCUACAAGCUGUAUGAACCUGACUUCAGGCUCUUUGGCUACGACAGACCAGACUCGAUCCUCAAUGAGUGAACGGACCCGGCCACGCACAGACAAUAUGCUUUUUAUGUAAUGAAAAAAUACUUUAACACCUCCUCGUGUUCUGGGCUUUGCAGAUGUGUCCUCUUGUGUGUCCUACACUGAAUGUGCACAUUAUUAAGGACGCUCACAAAGCACAGUACCGAGAUGAAGCCAGGUUAAUGACCAUUAUUGUUUUAUUUUCAAAUCACAAAGAUAACAAGAAGCACACAAGGGAUAUUCAUGCAGAUAUGAAUUGUGGGAAACAGGAUGUGCCCCUAACAUGUUGUACUUUCAGUGUAGUCUGAAACUCAGAUCUCCACGUCGAGCACUCCCAACGUUGAUGUCACGCCUCGCCUGUCAAUUGUGACUUCACACGUAGCAGGACGCUGAAGGAAGGUCACCGGUGUGGGCGGUUAGUUAAAACAAAGUGAUACUAGAUUAGUUUUCAUCUAAUUUAUUUCACAUUGUGUAAGUGCAAUGCUUAUGUCAAGCAUGAAAGGGAUUUUUAUGUAAGGGUUAAAAAUAAAAACCAAUGACGGCUCUCAACAUCAGAAACAGGUAGAAAUAUUUUGCACCUCACACACAGAUGAGGCCCUGACCAGACGGAGCGCUUUUUAGCAGCCUGGGGCGAAAGUGAAGCUUUUUGCUUUGCUGAGCACCUCGCGUUUUUACAGGAGCUCCCUGAACGCCUCAAGUUUGAAAGUCUAACUGAGAGCAGAAAAGCGUCAUUUGCAGUUUUUAUUCAAUUGUCCAAUCGAAUUGAGAGGCGGGUCUGCUGUGGUGGUGACAUCAUUAGCUAAGGCAACCUAUUUGUUAAAGUUAUACUUGUUAGCCAGUUAAUUAGCUAUCGAAGUCAGCUGUCAAUUCAAUUACUCUAUUGAAGACUAUUUGCAACAGCCUCUCACCCUCAAUCAGAAGCCUGCACAUUUUUUAGGCAGAUGUUUAUUCACUAGGUAAGUUAACUAGCUAUCAACUAGCUACUAGCUUACUAACCAUUUUAUUAAAAUGUAGGCUUUAAAAAAAGGCAGUGCUGUGCGCCUCACGUUUUGCUACCUGCACAAAUGUCUCAGUCUGACUGGACCCUAAGAGGACACUCAUGUUACUUUAACAACAAACCCUACUGCGUCUUCUCACCUGGCACAUUAUGUUUCCGAGUGGAGAAGUCCACUAGAUUAGGUUAAUAGAAACAUGUCACACAACUUGUUAGCAGCUUGCUUUAUUUGACCAGUUUCAAAGCAUGAUAUCAUCUUCUAGAGAAGCACAGCCGCUCCAGUGAAAGUGUCUCAGCUUGUCUUUGAGGCACAAAACUGGAGUUCCUACAUUAUUUCCACUUCAGCUCAGCUGGAUGUACACGGGUGAGCCUGUGUGUAUUCAAACGCACAGUUCUCCAAAGGGAAAGUUUUCUUUUAUCGCUUGUUGUGUUGCCAGGAUGCUGUCAUCAUCAGCAUUUUAUGCACCUGUGUUUUCAUGCACAGACUGCAGUUAUCAACACUGACCUACAUUUGGUAACCCUGGAGACAACAGCGUUGUUGCCCCCCACCCCCUAAAUAUUACGUUUCAAGGUCAGUAUUUUAAUGGGACGCAGUAUUUUGUAGCACAGAGCCGAGCACAUUACGUGAAGCCAACGAGCAGAGUUUUUCAGUGUGCAGAUGCAUCGCUCCACUAGAGGAGGAUAUACCGGUAUUAAUGUCAAUUAUAAAGUCAGGAUCAAUCACAUCAUGAUCCGAGCGUGGAUCGGCCUGCAUGUUUUAUAUGAGAAGAAAAUAAGAUAGUGCCUUUGGUUGCAAAAGUUUACACAGCAAAAAAAAGUAUUUUUGUAGAAGGAAUUCAUUUUUACUUUGAACAAAAUACAGUGAGAGCCGUAUGAAGCCACAAGGUACAUUUGUUAUGCUGGGCCUUGAAUCUUAGGAACAAUAGGAAACGGCAGAAAUGCUUAACUGUCUUUAUGGGAAUGUGUAUGAUUCAUGAUUGUGUGAGGACUCUUUACAGUGUGUCUGCGUCCAGUGAGUUGCUUUGUGUGUCGUUUAACACGCAGGAUUACUGUGUGGUUUGUACCGUAUGUGAUUAUUCUGCUCAUGUUCACGGUAGUGUUGUGUUGUCUUACUGCCUUUUGUUUUGUACAUGUGUGGGACAUUUUUGACUCCUUAAUGACUUAGUUCAGUCAUUUCUGGAUAAGUUGGAAUUAUUUAGCUUUAGUGGAUGGUUUUCCCUAAAGUCUGUCACCAUCACUUGGUGCGCUUUUACCAUGUAGGUGUAAACACACACAGGAAAAGCAGCUUUAUGCUAAGCAAAAAAGAACACACCAUGUCAUCACACACUCCGCCUCACCAGUGUUUGGAUUUUCAGAGUUUCAUCUCUUUUGUAUUUUCGUUAUGUUCUAUUGUUGUAUUUUCUGAUGUUACUGUCCUGGUGGUAACCAUGUCAGAAAUGUUGCUCUUGGCUGCAUUUUCUUUAAACCACCAUAAGAUGGAAUCAUUUUUUAUUUAUUGGCACUUAUGAGUACAUGCUGCUUUUAUAAUGGGGAAAUCAGUCAAUGGAUCUUUUUUAAGAUUAGAGUUUGACUGGCAGUAUGUAUUUUUUUAAUUUGCCCACAGUGACCUGAUGCUUCAACAGCAUCGAUGCUUUGAACAGCUUAAAGGUUUGUUGAAGCUGCAGUGUCAACGCUUGUCCUACAUUUCAACCUCAUGUCAAUUCCCAACAUUAAAUGAUUUCACAGAUGAAACAAACACAAAUCUAUUUUUGUGAUUCAUGUUUUUGUAAAACGUAUAAAUAUUUCAUAAAGUUACAAGAGACUUUGCAAUCUGACAAACGUGUUCCUUCUUUCAUCGAGAGGGGGAAAUGCAAAGCAUUCAGUUUCAUCAGUGUUAUGCUGUCAUGCAUCAUCUGGUCUUCAUACAAGAGAAAUAAAGGGGCAUGAUGGAACAUG